AUGGUUGAGGAGACCGCCCGCGCGACGUCAACGGACAGCGUUCCGACGAAGAGGUCGUCAAUCGAGGGACAGUCGGGCUGCUUGACUCGCGCAAACACCCACCUGCGGGACACCUUCUGGCUUGUGCUCAAGCAUGCCACGAAACACACAGGCGUGGGCAUGAUCUGUGCCGUAGCAUACUUUGACCCAGGCAACUGGGGAGUCGAUCUACAAUCAGGGUCCCAGUUUGGCUACAAGCUCCUGUUCGUCGUCCUCCUCGCCGGCCUGAUCGCGGUGUACAUGCAGGUCCUCUCAUCAAAGUUAGGAUGCGUAACAGGCCUCGAUCUCGCAUCGCACUGUCGCCUCCUCCUGCAUUCGAGGCCGAAGCACACACUGCUAUGGCGCUGGCUUGUCCUAUACCCCCUGUAUGCGCUCGCAGAGGUCGCCAUCGUCGCGACCGACCUCGCCGAACUGCUAGGCUCCGCGAUAGCGCUCUGUCUCCUCUUCCCCAGCCUCCCGCUCUAUGCCGGCGUGCUCCUGACAGCGGCGGACGUGCUCGUCCUACUGACGUUCAGAAAUCCGUUGGAUGGCCAGCCCGUCAGACUGUUUGAGGUUCUAAUCGCUGCCCUGGUGUUCAUCGUUCUGGUGUGCAUGGCGGUCAUCAUCUCGAAGGCAGACGUGAACUGGGGAGAGGCGUUCGACGGCUUCGUGCCCUCCAAAGCGCUCGUCUCCUCAGAGGGUCUAUACAACUCGAUCGGUAUCCUGGGCGCGACCGUCAUGCCCCACAGCCUCUUCCUCGGUUCCGCCUUCGCGACCCAAGAGCGCGAGAAGCCCGUCCCCUCCGCACCCGACGCCUCGCUCGCGCUCUCCAAGGUCGAGACCAAGGACUCCGUCGCGUCGUCCCUCCCCUAUGCCGAGGCGCCGCGUCCGUGGUACCGCCGCUGCACCCUGCGCGGCGCCAUGCGGUGCGUGAGACGGAGCGCGAGGGGCUGGUUCACGGUCGUGCGCGCGGAGCCGGAGGGGAUGCGCGCGGCGAAGAGCCAUGCGGAGUGGGAGAACAAUACGCUGGCGUUCGUGAAGAUGCAUCUGAACCAUGGAAUCGUGGAUAUGGUCAUCAGCUUGUUGGGUCUGGCGGUGGUCAUCAACGCUCUGAUAUUGAUGCUCGCGAGCGCGGUGUUCUACUAUGGGUUCGGCCAGACGGGCCAGACGUCCCCCGCGACACUGUUUGACGCGUAUGAUCUGCUGCAGUCCACACUCGGGAAACCUGCGGCGACGCUCUUCGCGCUCGCGCUCCUCGCCGCUGGACAAUCCUCGUCUAUCAUCGCGACCCUCGCGGGGCAGACCGUCUCUGAGGGCUUCCUCCACUGGAAAGUCUCCCCCGUCCUCCGCCGCCUCAUCACGCGCUGCAUCGGGCUCGUGCCCUCCGUCGCGGUCGCCGCGGCGCUCGGGCGGGGCGGCGUGAGCACGCUGCUCGUCGUGAGCCAGGUCGUGCUCUCGAUCGUGCUCCCGUUCAUCGUCUUCCCGCUCGUGUACCUCACGUCGAGCGCGCGGGUCAUGAGCGUCAGGAAGCCCACUUCUGCACGCACGGCUGUGCGGAGUAGGGAGAGAGGAGGCGAGGUCGAGCCGGAGAGGGCGGAGGGGCGGUCCGUGGAGGAAAUAGAUACGGUAGCGGAGGCGGAGGGGAGGAGAGAGGGCGAGGUGGUGGACGCGGAGGCUGAUGAGGAGGAGCUGGUGGACUUGUCGAAUGGGCGGUUCAUGACGUGCCUGGGUUGGGUCAUUUGGGCGUUGGUCGUCCUUGCGAACGCGUACGCGAUCGUCACGCUGGCUAUGGGCGAGGAUUAG